GUCUGAGGUCAGUAAUCACUGAGAUCCUGGCAAGCUGGAAUGACUUCCAGCUGCUGCAGUUGACGGACUUCUACCGGGACAGGCUGGAGCAGGCGAUGGAAGGAGGGGUGCACGGAGUGAGCCUGGCGUUAACGGCCGAGAAUCAGUUCAGCGGAGAGGAACAUCGGAAAAUCUCUGAUCUCGCUGAUAAGGGAGAGCGGGCGGACAGUUCUAAACUCCUCCUGAGCCUGGUGAUGGAGAAAGGCUCCCGCGCCCGGAGGGUGAUGUGGGAAACCUUUGUCAAAAUGCGGAUUGGUGUCCCAAAUUUGGACAAAAUACUGAAGGAAAUACAGAUAUAUGGUUGUGAUCCUUCCCAUCAACCAAUUCCCGCUCAAAUUUUACAAAAGGUUCUCAGUGAGCUGAAAGAUGUUCAACAGAAACACAAGGAGACUCUGCGGGCACAAACUGAAACACUGAGAGUGAACACGAUCCUGAUGAGGGAGAAGGUGAAGGUUUUCCAGCUGGUUGAUCGAUACGCUGAGCUCACGGUCAUUUCUACUGUUCGAGAUCGGAGACUGGUGGAACAUGAGCUGCUGGCGAGAGGCAGAUUCCACGAGGAGUGGAGACAGAAACAUCUCUGUCGAGAGCUGAAAAAAAUCCGGACGGAUCAGUUAUUCCAGAGCAGGUUUUCCCGAAGUUACUCCACAUCUGGGAGUUCGGCAGCAAUGUCCGGAGUCCCGGGGAUCGGGAAAACAACAAUGGUUCAAAAGAUUGUUUAUGACUGGGCCAUGGGGAAAAUAUUCCAAGAUUUCAAGUUUGUCUUCAGUUUCAAAUUCCGAGAUUUAAACUCCAUUAACUGCAGGAUAAACAUGAGGGAACUGAUUCUGGAUCAGUAUCCUUACUUUGGGAAUAUUCUGAGAGAGGUCUGGAAGAACCCAGAGGGAUUGCUGUUUAUAUUCGAUGGUUUGGAUGAAUUCAAUGACACAAUAGAUUUUGCUGACAGUUGGAGAGAUGCAGAACCCAAGCACCAGUGCCCAGAUCCCGAGUGGUGGUGUGAAGUGUCUGACAUUGUGUACAGUUUAAUCCAGGGCAGCCUGCUCCCAGGGUGUUCAGUGCUGGUGACCACCCGCCCCACUGCGUUACAUUUAUUGGAAAAGGCUGAGAUUAGUGUCUGGGCUGAAAUCCUGGGAUUUGUUGGUGAGGAACGGAAGGAAUAUUUCAUCAGGUAUUUUGAAGAUCAGACGCUGGCGGAAGCUGUUUUCAAGCACGUGAAGGAGAACGAGAUCCUGUACACCAUGAGCUACAACCCCUCCUACUGCUGGAUCCUCGCUCUGGCACUGGGCCCCUUCUUCACACAAAGAGUCAGGGACCCGCAGCGAGUUCCCAAGACCAUCACCCAACUGUACUCCUACUAUAUUUACAACAUCCUGAAAAACCAUGGCCGUGAGAUUGAGAACCCCCGUGAUGUGUUACUCAGGGUUGGUCAGAUGGCCUUCAGAGGAGUGUCCGAGAGGAAGAUUGUGUUUACAGAUGGAGAUUUGAUCAACUACAAUCUGCAGCCUUCCCAGUUCCUGUCCGGGUUCCUGAUGGAGCUUUUGGAGAGAGAGGAUUCUGCCCACAGCGUGGUGUACACAUUCCCACACCUCACCAUCCAAGAGUUUGUAGCUGCAGUCGCACAAUUCCUGAAUCCACAUCCCGGGGAUAUCCUGAAAUUCCUCACUGAAGUCCACAGCACGACAGAUGGGCGAUUUGAGGUAUUUCUCCGUUUUGUUGCUGGUCUUUCCAACCCAAUGACAGCUCGGGGCCUGGAGGAGUUUCUGGGUCCAUUUCCCAAUGAAACAACCUGCCGCGUGAUUGACUGGGUGCAGGAGGAAGUUAAACGCCAGAGUGGAAACACAUGGAGUGAAGCUGGUAAAAGGAGCCUCCUGAACACAUUGCACUACCUGUUUGAGUCUCAGAAUCGUGGACUGGCUCAGGAAACACUGGGAUCUGUGGAAACACUUUCAUUCAGUGGAAUGACACUGACCCCGAUUGACUGCACGGUCUUGUCUCAUGUCAUCGGACUCUGUAAUACAAUAAAACACCUCAAUCUGGAGAACUGCCACAUUCAGUGUGAAGGAAUCCAGCGGGUGGGACCCGGGCUGCACAAUUGCCAGGAGUUGAGACUUGGGAUGAAUGACCUGGGAGAUUCAGGAAUGAAACUGGUGUCUGCGGCUCUGAGGUACCCAGAGUGUAAAAUACAGAAACUGUGGCUGAUCGAUGUCGGUCUCACAGAUUCUGGUGCCGAGGAUCUCCCCUCCGCUCUCAGUACAAACCCAUCACUGACGGAGCUGGACCUGAGUAAUAAUAAACUGGGAGAUUCAGGAGUGAAACUGGUGUCUGCGGCUCUGAGGAACCCAGAGUGUAAAAUACAGAAACUGGAGCUGAGGGAUGUCGGUCUCACAGAUUCUGGUGCUGAGGAUCUCGUCUCCGCUCUCAGUACAAACCCAUCACUGACGGAGCUGGACCUGAGUAAUAAUAAACUGGGAGAUUCAGGAGUGAAACUGGUGUCUGCGGCUCUGAGGAACCCGGAGUGUAAAAUACAGAAACUGGGGCUCAGGAAUGUCGAUCUCACGGAUUCUGGUGCCGAGGAUCUCGCCUCCGCUCUCAGUACAAACCCAUCACUGACGGAGCUGUACCUGAGUAAUAAUAAACUGGGAGAUUCAGGAGUGAAACUGGUGUCUGCGGCUCUGAGGAACCCGGAGUGUAAAAUACAGAAACUGGGACUGAGGGGCGUCGGUCUCACAGAUUCUGGUGCCGAGGAUCUCGUCUCCGCUCUCAGUACAAACCCAUCACUGACGGUCCUGUACCUGGGAUCAAACCCGCUGACAGACCGAUCUGUCCCCGCUCUCCGCCGCCUCAUACUGACCCUCCCGAGUCUGAAGGAGAUCCUGCUGUGGGAGAAUCGGUUCAGUGAGACCGGGGAGAAGGAACUGGGAUCUCUGCGGGGAGUCAGACCCAAACUGAGAGUGUGGACCUUGUGAAAAUCUGAAUGUGUGAACAUCCCCGCCCGCGGGAUGGCGACAUUUUGGAUGAUUCCACGCCCUCCCCUUUAACUCCCGCCAUUACUUUUAAUGGCCGCGCGCCGGGGGUGAUUCCCAACGGUUUCAACGGAACCGGCUCAGAUCUCGCGCUGUGUGUCGCCUGUUGUCCGGUGGGGCAGCUUCCGCCGGAUGUGCGUGUUCGAGACUCCCACGUGACACCCCAGAGAAUUACCCAGACAGGAAGAGCCCGGCGGCCGGUGCUGUGUCUGGGACACCGGUAUUCCAGGUUGGGAUUAUCCCGGGAGAGAAUCCUUUUGCUCCCUUUGCUGAGGACGAUGCAUUCGGCAGCCUGGCCGAUAUAAUGAUGUCAAAUAGACAAAUCCCUCGGCAGUGACCCUGGAUCUGCAGCGAUCCCGGACACGGCCCUGAAGUGUGAUUUUAUAAUCAUCGGUUCCCCAAUGCAGAGUGACGGUGAGAAAUGGGACUGAUUAUUCAACCGGUCACUCGUUGUCGCCGGUUAGUUAAUUGUGUGUGACUGUGAAUGAAUCAAUUUACAUUUGUCAUGAUGAAAUCAAUAAACUACUGUA